UCUUUGAUAAGAAAUAAUGAACAAGCCACCACGAGGAAAACGAGUCGCAAGUCGUCCAAAUUCUGCAAGAUUUGCGUCACAAUAUGGACCUCCGGAUAAAGUCACUGAAAUGGGAUUAUUUCUUCACGCAUGCGAGGGUGAUAUGGUAUGCAAAUCAGUCAACACCAAAAUUCCAUAUUUUAAUGCUCCAAUCUACUUAGAAAACAAGAAUCAGAUCGGAAAAGUCGAUGAGAUCCUUGGACCGAUGAAUGAAGUAUACUUUACAGUCAAAUUGGACAAAGGCAUAGUUGCAACUUCUUUUAAGCCAAAUGAUAAAGUAUAUAUUGGUGAAGAUAGGUUAUUGCCUUUAGAGAGAUUUUUGCCCAAACCUCCUGCUCCAAAAAAAGUUACGAAGAAGACACCUGCUGGACGUGCUAGAGGUAGGGGAGGAUAUCAAAGAGGCGGACGUGGAGGUGGACGCGGAGUUGGAGGCUUCAGAGGUGGUCGUGGCGGUCGUGGCGGUAAUCGUGUUGGAGGGCGCGGCGGAAUGGGUGGACGUCGAUUCUAAAAAAAAAAAAAAA